AUGAUCAUUAAUCAAUUCAUUUCUUUUCUAUUUAUUAUUUUAUUGAUAUCUACUGGAUUAAAUACUGAUGAUAUCGAUAGUUCAGAUGAUGAUGAUAACAGUCUUAUGCGUUUACGACGUCAAGUAAAAAAAUUUGCAUAUGCAGAUCCAUGUGAAAUUGAAUGUGUAACUAAACAAAUUCGUACUAAAAUACCUAUAAAAAUUCUAGCUAAAAAAUGCAAAGAUCAAUGCAAAGAUACAAAAAAAUUUAAACCCGCGAUUUAUUAUUAA